AUGCGUGUUUAUGAAAUGCUAUAUCAUGUUGUAUGUGAAGGUGUUGAAGGUGAAGAUGAAUGUGGUGGAGGAAGUGAAAGUGGUAUGGGAGGUGUGGGAGGCAGUGGUAUGGGAGAUGUGGGAGGCAGUGGUAUGGGAGAUGUUGGAGGCAGUGGUGGCGUGGGAGGUGUGGAAGGCAGUGAUGGCGUGGGAGGUGUGGAAGGCAGUGGUGGUGUUCGAGGCAGUGGUGGUGUGGGUGGCAGUGGUGGCAUGAGAGGUGUGGGAGGCAGUGGUGGUGUGGGUGGCAGCGGUGGUGUGGGAGGUGUGGGAGGCAGUGGUGGUGUGGGUGGCAGUGGUGGUGUGGGAGAAAAUGGUGGUCUGGGAGGGGAGGAAGGCAGUGUUGGUGGUGUGGGAGUAAGUGGUGGUCUGGGAGGAGGAAGUGAAGGAAGUGAAGGCAGUGGAGGAAGUGAAGGCAGUGGAGGAAGGCAAGAUGGCAGUGGUGGUAUCGGAGGAGCAAGGGAAGGCAGUGGUGGCAGUGGUGUAGGAAGUGCAGCAGCAAGUUCGUCUAUAAGUAGGGUGAUAAAGUUGGUGAGUCAACGGAUAAAAAUGUUGAGUGAUGAUGGUGAUUGUGAUGGUGGACCUAGUACAUCGAGGUAUGAGUGGGGAUUUGCAUUCGAUCCCCCUGUUGUUGGAGACAAUUUAGGUCCUGAAAGCUCUGCGGCGGGAAACUUGGAAACCAUAUCAGGAAGCUUAGGAAGCUUGUCGCGAACAAAAGGAUCAUCGAAAGUGAAGAAGAGUAGGAGGAAGCGGGUUACAAGAGCCAGUGCAAGGAUACGUGAUAAGGAAUUUAAUGUUCAACUUAUACCUAGAGAGUAUCCAAACUUCAAGUCAAAGCUAAUGAAGUUUAUUUAUGCUGAAAAACCGGACGCCAAUGCGGAAGAAGUCGUAAUGGUAAAAUGUGGGACAUUGGUUGCUACCUUAGAAGAAUGCAAGACAGUGCUUGGUGGCACACAAUGCGUUCACGAGAAUUACGUAAGGGUGGCUGGUGCAAUGUAUACGCGCAUGUGGCGGAGGAAAUUUGGAAACUCUAGUAUACGUUUUAUGAUCGAUCCUACAUUUGCGGCUCGGGUAUUUGAGAAUGUCCGGAGAUCGGGAGAUUGGAACGAUUGUCGUGAAAUUGGAUGUGCUGUUGCUAAAGAUUAA